AUGGAUCAGAAUAAUGAACAAAAAAAGAAACGUCAAAAACCAAUAAUACGCUUAAUAAAAAAAUUUUUCGUUGAUAUAGUACCAGAGCUUUAUCUUGGUACUCUGGCCUAUCUAGUUUAUUUAAUAAUUCAAUCGGUGCAAGAGAUUCCACAUCUCACAACACUUGUUAAACCAGAGGAGAGCAUACCUGCUCCAGUAUUCUCUCUUAAUGGAGCUUUUAAUUUCACUGUGACGUGUAACUUUUUAAAUAAUGGAUAUGAGAUUAUAAAUUCUAACGAUGGGAAAAAAUGCGUGGACUUUCUAAAGGAGGCAUCUAUAGACGGAUCUAACGAUACAAUGCAUUAUUUUGAUAAUACCUAUAUCAAAAACGUGCCAGAAAUAUCAUUAAGUUAUGGUUCUAUUUACGGUAUUGAGCUACAAAUACAACUUCAAUCGAAUGUUAGCACAGAGUAUCUUCAAUCGCUAGACAAUCAACCAGUUUGGUCAUACUCCGGAAUAUAUAUCAGCUUAUAUGAUGCGUCCUAUGAUAAAACAGAUUUUUCGAGAAAAAAAGGAAAUACAAGCGAGGUUUAUGAAGAAGCACUCAGCUCUAAUACAUAUUUAAUUCCUCAAAAUCAGCGAAGUAUUAUCCGUUAUAACAGAGUGAUUAAUAAAGACCUUGAUGGUCAUUCAAUCAGAAACCACCUUGGUGCGGCAUCAAAGCAGAACGAAUAUAUGAGUAUAAAUACUAAAAUACAAUCCGUUAGUCCAUUCGACGCGUCAUCGUUUAAAUACUACGCUACUCUGGAAAUAUAUUACGACCAUCGACUUGUAACUGAAAAUGAGCAAGUCAG